AGAGAGAUUAUUUGAGUUGUACCAGUCCGAAGCAACGGCCACCCACUGCCCUGUUCGAAGUGCGAACCUUAUCGACCAUGGCUGCUACAACUUGUAGUCUUUCAUCAAUCGCCUCACCAUUUCUUCCCCAGGCGUUUAGGUCAGUCGCCACAAGAACUCAAAUCACCCCAUCCUCAUGCUUCUCCAAAAUGAGGUUUCGACCCUUUCGUCUUCGGACACGGAGAAAUUUUUUUAUUCGAUGCGCUCGAACUGAAUCCAAAGCGGUCACGUUAGGUUCCAGAGCCCCAGAUUUUGAGCUUCCUGAACCUCUUACAGGCAAAGUAUGGAAAUUAGAAGAUUUUGAACCCUAUCCUGCUUUACUGGUUAUGUUUAUUUGUAAUCAUUGCCCAUUUGUUAUACACUUGAAAAAGGAUAUUGUGAAACUUUCGAAUUUCUAUAUGAAGAAAGGACUGGCUGUUGUAGCCAUAUCUUCAAACUCUGUAGCUACGCAUCCACAGGAUGGACCGGAGUUUAUGGCAGAAGAAGCAAAAGCAUUCAAUUACCCCUUUCCAUAUUUAUAUGAUGAAUCACAGGAAGUUGCAAGGGAUUUUGGUGCAGUUUGCACACCAGAGUUCUUUCUAUUCAAAAAGGAUGGGCGAAGGCCAUUUGAGUUGGUUUAUCACGGUCAAUUUGAUGAUUCUCGACCAUCAAAUAGCAAGCCUGUCACUGGGAGGGAUUUAAGUUUGGCAUUAGAUUGUGUUCUCAGUUGCCAACCAGUAUCCACAUUGCAGAAACCCAGUGUUGGAUGUAGUAUAAAAUGGCAUCCAUAGAAGAAGCAAUGAUUACUAAUCUCAUUUUCUGCUGCCCGAAGAUCAAAUCUCCGAGCAAAGGCAUUCAAUGCAACACAGAUUGUUAAAGCCGAACCAAAAAGCAACGUGAUUCCUUGAAUCAUUUCAUCCAUCCUAUUCCUGUAAUGUUUUCUUUUCUUUUCUUUUCAUUUUUAUAGAGAUGUUUCCUUUUAUAUUGCCAGGGCCGUCAAAUGAAGAGAAAAAAAAAGGAUAUCGUUUUCUUUUUUCUGAUCCAAGUUCAGUACAGAUUUAACCGAGUGUAUCAUCCACAUUUUAUAAAAUGUAUGAAAUAUGCAAGUAAAUUUUAGUCUUGCUGCUUUGAUUGCUUCAUAACGGGGAACAAACCAUUUUGUGCUGAAAGCAAGUAUAGGACUUUCAUUGCUAAACUCAUCGUUACAGCUUGAUCUUUAUUUGUCUAAUGCCAAUAGUUUGUCUUUCUAUGAUGUGUAUUUGUUGGUUGAGCUGCCCCCACAACUCAGUAGGUUAUGAAGGCAAAAAUUUCUUUUCAUGGCCCCCUCCCUAUAUUGGUUACACCAGCUGCUACCAAACUUAUGUUUCAUGAAGGUUUCUUGGUAAAGUAACAGCAGGUUUGAUUCCCUUUAGUUCAUUUAUGCAAUGGGAAAUACAGCAUUGCAAUCUGCAUCUGAAAAACGAGAGAGAGAUCUUCAAGCAGAAGUACAGAUUCAGCCCUGUCAUUAUUGCUGCUACAUACUUCCAACCUAUUCAAAUAAAUGUCAUACUUAACAAGGAAAUAAUCGGUGAACUGAAUUGUUCUUCAGAUUUGUUUUUAAAUCUAUGCUUCUGCUGAAGGUACGAGGCUCGGAUGAUCUAGAAAAACUGGAACAGUGAAUUGUUGCUUUUGGAUUUGACUCUCAUGCUUGAUCUCCUUGAGCAUGGCCGUGAUGUCUUUCAUUGUUGAUCGUUCCUCGGCAAAGCAUUGACAUAGAGGAGAGUCAUGCCAAGUUUCGUGGCCAUGCUCGUCCAAGACGUGUUGUCCAUGGCCACAUGCCCAUGACACGCCAAACUCAUUUACUUGCUUUCAUGUUAUAUUACUUUCUUAAGUUUAUUUUUCUGGUAUGACUUGAUUGGCAAAUCAUGUCUAGACCUGAAUUGCCUCAACAUGUAUUAUAGAGGACCAAGUAGUCAUUAAACAUUCAAGACCAA